CCAGCUGUGUGUGUGAAUCGUGCUGAGCCGAGUCACGUCCAGAAUAUUCAGCCCAGCAGAGAGGAGAGCGCUGACGACACUGGAAGCAAACUGGCAGCUGAUCUCCACCGAGAUGCAGGUCUGUAGACCCGCUGCAGGAUCAGUUUAACCCCUUUAGUAGAUGCGGCAGAUUCUGCUCAGGUGCCGUUACUCUUUACUGCUACACAGGCUUUUUGUAAAAGCUGUGGUCUGUGUGCAUGAUGGCGAGCAGGUGUUUAUCCACGAGGCAGCGUUCAGUAUGAGUUAAAGUUUGCUCUGAGAGACGUGUUCAGAAUAUCUGUAGAGAUGGAGCAGUGGAGCCUCUGACGGUCUGUCAGAGAGCCGGCCGGAGCCAGACGCCGUGUGCCGGGUGAUAUUUUUACCUGACUGGUCUCUGCUGCCUCCAGACCAGCGGAUCCAGUUACACUUCCUGCUCUCACCGCGGCAGACGGGGCCUCCCGGCCACACCUCCAGGGCCUGCCGGGCGUGCUCUCAGCGGUUAGCCUGAAAUGUUGAACUUGUUUUUUGACUUUGCACUGAAAGAAUGAACACGAGGCGUAUGAGAACCAACGGAGACCGGCAGCUGAGUAUGGACACUGCUGAGACCAGCUACUGCUUCUGCUACCUGGAUCAGGGGACUCGCCUGUCUGACCUGCAGACUGCCGCUGACUGUCUGCAGGACUCUGAGUCUUUGGACCGCUGCAUCCAGACUGCUCUGUCAGACCUCUACCCGCCCUUCCAGGCCACAUCCCCGACUGUCCUCUGUCAGGUCCUCAGCGUGGUGCAGAGCUGCUACAGAGGAGACGGCCUUCGCUACCUGAUCCACUUCCUGUUGCCCGCAAAGCAGCUGUUAGCCAACCUGCAGCAAGACGCCUGCCUGCAGUACUGUGGUCUGCUGUUUCGCCAUGAAGGCUGGCCUCUGUGCGUCCAUGAGAAGGUAGCGGUUCAGCUCUGUCCUCUGGACCAACGCCUCCUCCGUCCAGGAGACUUCUACCUGCUGGUUUCUCCUCCUGCUGCUGUUCCUCGUCCUCAAGCACGCAGCGCCUCCUGUCGGAGCGCCGUGUCCUCCUCCCCCCGCCUGCUCGUGUGCAGCGUGUCGGCCGGCAGCCGUCAUGUGGAGCAGCAGGAGGUGUCGGAGAUAGCCCUGCGGUCCAUCUUCAGCAUGGCCUGGCUGGACUCUGUUAACAGGGAGAGGGAGCAGCGAGGAGCAUCCAGGCUGGAGCGCUGCCUCCUCUCUGCCCACGGAGACGUCUUCAGGGUCCCGUGGGAGGACCUGGUCUAUCCACAGUUCAUCAGCCGGCCCCGGACCUCCCUGAAGGAGGAUAAGGAGUCGUCCGUUAAGGAUGGAGAUGCGUUAAUUAAUGCAUCUCACAAUCCGUGUAGCGACAGGAGACAGGAUGUACAGCUCCUCCCAGCUACAAAAACUGACCAAUCAGCAGCGAGCAGUGAGGGCGAGGACUCGGAGGGCGAGUACGUGGAGCUGAUGGAGCUCCCGCUGCCUCGCUUCUCCCCUCAGAAAGGCUCCUUAACCCAGUCCAUCAGUCUGCAGCACCGAGCCAGAACCAGCGCACACUGCGCCACGCACACACCUCAACACGCACCUCAACACACCCACUCCACCACGCACACACCUCAACACGCACCUCAAGACGCACACUCCGCCACGCACACACCUCAACAAACCCACUCCACCACGCACACACCUCAACACACCCACACCUCCACGCACACACCUCAACACGCACCUCAAGACGCACACUCCGCCACGCACACACCUCAACAAACCCACUCCACCACGCACACACCUCAACACACCCACACCUCCACGCACACACCUCAACACGCACCUCAAGACGCACUCUCCGCCACGCACACACCUCAAGACGCACUCUCCGCCACGCACACACCUCAAGACGCACUCUCCGCCACGCACACACCUCAAGACGCACUCUCCGCCACGCACACACCUCAACACACCCACUCCGCCACGCACACACCUCAAGACGCACUCUCCGCCACGCACACACCUCAAGACGCACUCUCCGCCACGCACACACCUCAAGACGCACUCUCCGUCACGCACACACCUCAACACACACCGACUGACGCUACGACACACUCCGCCAGUAACACACACGCCAUUUCCCACGCUGGGCUGUGCUCCAGGCUCCUCGAGGAGAACCUCAGCCAGGACUCCUGUGGACCCGUCAUCCUCACCCCCAUCUCCCCCACCUCCUCCUCUGCUCCUCCUGAAGUCGUGGGAACCUCCAGCUGUCAGUCGGAGCGCUGGACGUCUCAGGAGCAAAGAGGAGGUACUGACUCAGGCGGGAGUCUGAAGCUAAACACUGAACCUGCAAACUGCACAGAGCAGAGAGAGGAAGAGGAGGAGGUGGAGGAGAGCAAGGAGGAGGUGGCAGUGAAAGAGCGAGGGAAAGAGGAGGAGCUGAGGGAGAAGGAGAAAGGGAAGCAUGACAUGGUGGUUGAUGAGGAUGAGGAAAUGGAAGAAGAGCUGAAGUGUAGUAGGGAUGAAGAUUUACUGUUGUGCACACACACUGCUGAGGAGGGAGGAGAAAGGGAGGAGGAGGAGGAGGAGGAGGAGGGAAAUGAAUGUGAAGAGACAGAGGGUGAGGAAGAGUUGGAUGAGGAGGGAGGCGAUGAGUUUGAGGAGGUGGAGCUAGAAGAGGAAGUUCAAGUUAGAAUCGUGCAGCAGAGUCAAGGAAGGAGGGUGGAGGAGGAGCAAAUGAUGACGGAAGACAAGAGAGGAGGAGAAGGGGAAGAUGAUGACAGAGGUGAACAAAGGCGCACAGAUGAGGAGGCUGGCUCAUGUACGAACACGAGCUCUGAGGACUCUGAUUGUGAAAAGAACAGACAAUACACAGUGGAGUCCAACACACAACACUCUGAGGACUCUUAUUCUGAAAAUAAUACACAGCAUACACAGUCUGAAGACACUUAUUCUGAAAACACACUACAAAUGCACAAUGAGAACUCUUAUUCUGAAAAUAAUACACAGCAUAUACAGUCUGAAGACACUUAUUCUGAAAACACACUACAAAUGCACAAUGAGAACUCUUAUUCUGAAAAUAAUACACAGCAUACACAUUCUCAGGGCACUGAUUCUGAAAACAAAAAACAACUAGCACACUCUGAGGACUCUAAUUCUGAAAACAACGCACUACAGACACACAUGGAGGAGUCUAACACACCAGCGAUGGAUCCAGACUCACUUCCGUCUGAAAGUGGACAGGAAAGGCCGGAGGAGGAAGACGAGGAAGAAGAGGAGCAGUGCAGCUGUGAGGAGGUUGGUGGAGGAAGAACUACAGAGCUUCAGACUGAAGGCCUCAGCAGUCUGUCUGCUGGUCCCAGUCCAACAGAACCAGAACAACCCGUAGCCUCUCCACAGCCGGACCAGUCAGCUGCUUCCUCAGCCCCAGUGAGGCUCACCCAGUCCUCCCAGUCCAAGCAAUCCAGCUUCUACCGGUUGCUGCUGAGCUCUGGAGCCCUCUGUCUGCCAGGAACCAGAGACCGCAGUGGCCGCGCUUUGCUGGCGGUCAGCACCACGAACACCGUGUGGUCGAACCCCGACUGUGACAGCGCAGAGCUGCUCCGCCUCCUGCUCUACUACACCUCCACCCUCAGGAAGGAGGUGGCAGCGUUGGGGCUGACGGUGCUGGUGGACGCCCGCAGAGCCGCUCCUGUCCCCGCCCUGUUCUCCGCCCUCAGGUCCCUACAGGAGAACGUACCAGGCUCCAUCCACACUGUGUUCCUGCUGGUCAGCAAGGACUCGUCUCUGCGUCCGGACAGACCUGCAGCCACACAGGUGGAGGUGUUGAGCUCUCUGAAGUCUGUCCAGAAACACGUGGCGCUCCAGCAGCUUCCCGCAGAGUUCGGAGGGUCUUUCAGCUUCAGUCAGAGCAGCUGGCUCUGCUUCAGAUCGAGGGUGGAGCAGCUGACCAGUCAGUGUGAAAACGUCGUCAACCUCCUGCAGAAAACCAUCAACAUCCUGCAGUCCACACCUCUACCUGCUGCAGCUCAGGACGCCGAGCUGCUGUUGUCCAGGUACAAGGCGGUGAUGCGUAGCAUCCUCGAAGACAGCCGAUUGGUACAGUUACAGCAGGAGGGCGGAGCCUCACUGUCGCGGCUCCGCAGGGAGGAGAGCAGCGUCAGAGAGACCGAAGAUUACCGGGCGGCGAUGGAGACGGUGUCGUCUCUGUACGAGGAGGUGGACGAGCUGCUGCACCGCCUGGUGAUGCUGUCCAACUCCAGGACCCAGGAGCUGCACUUCAUCCUGGAGUUCAGAAGCCUGGAGCAGGGCUUCACCGAGGUGAGCUCCUGGCUGGAGGAGGUCGGGGAGGUUCGUCUGAAGAGUCUGAGUGAACCGGAGGAUUCACUGGAGCUUCUGAACAAGAAGCAACACGACUUCAAAGAUUUCCACACUACUGCAUAUGAGCGCUGCAGACGUGGCGAGGCCUUGUUGGCUCGUCUGGAGCGUUGGGGCGACAUGUCGUCAGCUGACCUCCACGUCUAUGAGGCCAAGGUUCAUUCUUUCUGGGCUCAGCUUCAGGACUUCUCUCAGCGGGUCAACGCCAGCGGCCAGAACAUCGAGCGGGCCGUGCGACUGUACCGCUUCUUGGACCAGGUACAGCCUAUGGGCUGGGCGUUGGAGGGCAUGCGCCACCUAGCUGGUAUCAGUAUGGAGGAGUGCACGCUGCCAGACAAAUGCCAGGCUGUGAUUGGCUGCCUGGAGGACUACCACCGCCAACACCCGCCAAUCCCGGACGGCCGGUUUCAGGAGAUGAAGGCGGUGGCGGGCGAGCUGCGCGGCGAGCGAGGGCUCCGUCAGUGGAGCUUUGCCUGGUCCAAGUGUCAGGAGACCAAGAUGAUGUUUGACAGGAAGAUGGAGGCGGCGCUCAGGACACGAGACUCCGCCCACAGGCAGCGCUCUGACUCCACCUCCAGUAGAAGCUCCGCCUCCUCCAGGAAAACGCUGUCAGGACUCUGGGGGGUCCACGAGACCUCCUGUCCCCCUGAGGAGGACUCCAAAACCUCCUCCCCUCCCUGCACCUCCUCCCCUCUCGGCCGCCAGCACACCCCUCUCCUCCAGCGUCUGUUCCGCAGCUCCUCCUCAGGGGAGUCCUCGGUCCAGGUGGAGACCUGCUCCUCCAGUUCCAGCCCACCCCCCUCCUCCUUCUCCUCCUCCGGCAGACGACAGCAGCUCAGGAAGACUCAGAGCUUCGACUGUCCCUCCACCCCCGAGCCUUCGCGGUUCGCCCCGUGCCCACGCGCCCUCAGCGAGCCGGUGCGCAGAGGGAACACGGGCGUGUUCAUCCGCGGCCUGGAGGUCAGCAGCAGCGAGGCGGCCGACCACACGCUCUGCCCCAGGACGGCUGCUCACAGCUGGGCAGGACAGCGCCGCGGCCCCGGGACCCCCGGCACCCCAGAACGCGGCAGCCCGGCGACGGAGUCCCGACCCAGAGGAAGUAAGCUGCGGCACGUCGUGGAGGAGAUGGUGACCACGGAGAGGGAGUACGUUCGCUCGCUGCGCUACAUCAUCCACCACUACUUCCCCGAGAUGGACCGAGCCGACCUGCCCCAGGACCUGAGGGGGAAACGCUCCGUGGUCUUCGGGAACCUGGAGAAGCUGCUGGACUUCCACAGCCAGUUCUUCCUGAGAGAGCUGGAGGCCUGCUGGAAGCACCCGCUGAGAGUCCCACACUGCUUCCUGAGACACCAGGAGCAGUUCGGUCUGUACGCUCUCUACAGCAAGAACAAACCCAAGUCUGACGCCCUGCUGGCGAACCACGGGAACUCCUUCUUCAGGAGGAAGCAGGUGGAGCUGGGGGAUAAGAUGGACCUGUCCUCCUACCUGUUGAAACCGGUCCAGAGGAUGAGUAAAUACGCCCUGCUGCUCACUGACCUGAUGAAGGAGGUGGGCGUGGCUCAGGAGGCGGAGCUAGGCGCGCUGCAGGCUGCCACCAACAUGGUCAAGUUCCAGCUUCGCCACGGCAACGACCUGCUGGCGAUGGACGCCAUCCGAGACUGUGAUGUGAACCUGAAGGAGCAGGGUCAGCUGAUCCGUCAGGACGAGUUCACGGUCUGGACCGGGAGGAGGAAAAGUCAGCGUCACGUCUUCCUGUUUGAGGAGCUUGUCCUCUUCAGUAAACCCAAGAAGAUGGAGGGAGGGCUGGACGUCUUCAUCUACAAACACUCCUUCAAGACCGCAGACGUGGGUCUGACGGAGUCCACGGGAGACAACGGGCUGCGAUUCGAGAUCUGGUUCAGAAGGAGGACGUCCAAGAAUCAGACCUUCAUCCUCCAGGCCGCCACGCUGGACGUCAAACACACCUGGACCGCCGACAUCGCCCGGAUCCUGUGGAACCAGGCCACCAGAAACAAAGAGAUGCGUCUGAAGGAGAUGGUGUCGAUGGGGGUCGGGAACAAACCGUUUCUGGACAUCCAGCCGAGCGACGCCGCCAUCAGUGACCGAGCGGUCCACUACAUCAUGAAGAGCAGAGGUGCCAGGACCCGGGCGUCCAUUGCCGUCUCCGCCUUCGAUCACUCUCACCCUUUCAAACGAGGAGCGGUGACCUCUGACCCCUCGGCGUCUGGGCCUUCUUCAUCCGGCCUGCUGGGGCCGCUCAACCUGCACAUGUACAGUCAAACCCUGUCCUCCUCUCCCGCUGCUGAGAGCUCCUUCAUCACUUCCUGUAUCGAGGAGGACGAGCAGGAGCACGAGACCAGCAGCCAGCCCUCCAUGACCACAGAGAGUUCGGGUUCUUCGUCUCGUUGUCUCUCCGGCUCCACCGGCUCCGACAGCGGCUGCGUCUCCUCCCACCUCCAGGAGGCCCUGCCCGAGGAGCAGAGCCCCCCCAGCCAGCCCUGCUCCUCCUCCUCCAACAAACAGCACCUCAACAGCCAGUACAUCUCACCAAAAGCUGCAGUCAUCGGCCCGGCCACCAUGGUGUGACUCAGCUGACCCGACGGACUCAUCUGUGGGUCUGCGUCCCGCUGCGUGGGGGACGGUUGAAGCAGCGACUGUGUUGAUGCAGUUUAAAGUGUAACUCUAGUUAUUUAUGUAGUUGUGCUUCAGGUAGAGUUUGUUCUGUAAAUAAUAGCCGUUAGCUUCUCUCACUCUGUAGUUCCACUCCUCGUAGCUGCUGUUCAUUGUUUCUGUGGUGCUGACCCAGCGUCAGCCCGCCGGCAGCUCGGCCCGUCUGCGAGGAGGACAGGUUCGAGUCUGAGCUGGUCCGGGGGUCAGCUGGACUAACUGUACAUGUGUGUAAAUAAAGCCUCAGCUGGGCGUCUGCUGUCACUUUUCUUACUUGAAUAAUAAACAUGAGUUUGUUGAAAACCGA